AUGAGUCCUGUGGCUUUCUGCUCCUACUUUGUCCCUCACCUGCAUGUUUCUCUCACAGACACACACUCUCUUAGUUGCAACGUCACGGUCAAGACUCAUACCACACCUGGAGAGCCCUGUUGUGAAGGACAGUGCUCACUGGAUAGAGAAUCUUUCCUUCAGUAUGAUGACAACAAUGCCACACCUUCAGGUGACCUGGGAAACGCGGUUCAUGCCACUCAAAUGUGGACAGAUAUUGUGCAAGAGCUGGAGAUUUUGGGGCACGAAUUCCGGAAGAAGCUGGCUGAAACCAAACAGAGGAUAACCAAGAUCCAUGGUCACCCCAUUUUACAGACCAUCAUACUUUCUCAGCUUGAACAAGGACAAAUCAUCGGUACCUUUUUGCAAUUUAACAUCAGUGGAAAGUACUGCAUGCUCUUGAACACAAUGAAUAUGAGCUGGAUGUUGAUUAGUCUUGAAGCUGGAGAUAUCAUGAAUGAAUGGAAGAAUGAUGAGGAACUAAACAAGUAUCUGAAAAGCCUCAUGAAAAAUUUCUGUCACUGGCUCAAGGAACUCUUAAAAUUCCCCUGGGAAAGGACAAGAUCAACAUCAAGGGCCCCAGAUAUCACCCAGCUUCCACCAACUGUAAAUAUCACCCAGCUUCUACCUACCAUAAAUAUCACCCAGCUUCCAUCCACCACCAAGUUUCAAUAUAAGGAAGUACUCAUAUUCAUCCCCCUGGGACUCAUGAUCAUAGCCAUUGUUGUUUGCAUUUGGAUGUGUGUGAAGAGGAAAUCCCAAGGAGGUAAGGAGCAGGUUGGACUCUUAGGAUUACGUUGUUGAGUACUUGUAACAGAAACCCCACU